UCUUCUGCUUUGUUGUUGGCUAAUGUGGGAGCUCUAAAAAAAAAUGGAGGGGUUUAGACGGUUAGUAAAGUGUUUUUUAUCCCUAUCUUCAGUGUGGAAUGUUGGUCAUUUCAAGGACAGUGGAAUGCUCUUUCCCCGAGAGUCGUCGUCGCGAGAGAUCAAAGAGCUGAAUGGACUAUGGAACUUCAGGGCCGACCACUCGCUCAACAGGAACUUGGGCUUUGAACAAGCAUGGUACAAAAGUCGCCUCGCAGAGAGUGGUCCAGUGAUUGACAUGCCAGUGCCCGCCAGCUACAAUGACAUCACCCAGGACCCACGGCUGAGGGAUUUCAUUGGCUGGGUGUGGUACGAGAGAGAGGUGUUGGUACCCUCUGGAUGGGUGUCUGAGGGAACCAGAGUUGUACUGCGAGUUGGGAGUGCACACUACUACUCAGUGGUCUGGGUGAAUGGGAUCAAAGUGAUGGAGCACGAGGGCGGCCAUCUUCCCUUUGAGGCUGAGAUAGUGGAGGUCCUCCGUAACAACCCAGGUGGGGCCUGCAGGAUCACCAUAGCUGUCAACAACACCCUGACUCUCCAAACCCUGCCCCCAGGGACUAUCCAACAUAUAGACGACCCCACCAGGUAUCCUGCUGACUAUGUUGUGCAAAACACAAACUUUGACUUCUUCAACUAUGCUGGCUUACAUCGGCCUGUAAAGUUGUAUACCACUCCUAAGGCGUAUGUGGAUGACAUCACAGUGCUGACAACCUUUGCCGACAACAUUGGUCUGCUCUCCUACCAGGUGUCGGUGCUGGGCAGUCCCAACCCCUUGGUAAUGGUGACUCUCUCAGACAAAGAUGGCCGUUGUGUGGCCUCUUCCACUGGACCCUCUGGGGUCCUCAAAGUAACGGACGCCAACCUGUGGUGGCCGUAUCUAAUGCAUGAGAAUCCAGGUUAUCUGUAUUCUAUGGGGGUUCACAUGACGACAAGUGGUGAGGGUUCUGUCUAUGAGGAUGUGUAUGCUCUGCCUGUGGGCAUCCGCACUGUGCAGGUCACCAACACACAAUUCCUCAUCAACAACAAACCCUUCUAUUUCCAUGGAGUCAACAAACAUGAGGAUGCUGAUAUCCGAGGCAAAGGCCUAGACUGGCCCUUGAUGGUGAAGGAUUUCAACCUGUUGAAGUGGCUGGGGGCCAACUCGUUCAGGACCAGCCACUACCCCUACGCUGAGGAGAUAAUGCAGAUGGCAGACCGCCAUGGCAUCGUGGUCAUCGAUGAGUGUCCCGGGGUGGGCAUCAAAGAUAUCCGUAGUUUUGGGAACGCCUCCCUGUCACAUCACCUGGCGGUCAUGGAUGAACUGGUGAGGAGGGACAAGAACCACGCCUCCGUGGUCAUGUGGUCUGUAGCCAAUGAGCCGGCUGCUGAGAUGCCUCCUGCUGGAUUCUAUUUCAAGACACUGAUGGCGCAUACCAAAUCUCUGGACCCAACUCGACCUGUCACCUUUAUCACAGACAGUAACUUUGCCAGGGACAAAGGGGCUCCCUUUGUGGAUGUGAUCUGCGUGAACAGUUACUUCUCCUGGUACCACGACCCAGGUCACCUGGAGGUCAUCCCCUUCCAGCUCAACACCCAGUUUGAGAACUGGUACGGGAAGUACCAGAAACCCAUCAUCCAGAGUGAAUAUGGAGCCGACGUGGUUCCGGGGCUACACACGGACCCUCCCAUGAUGUUUACUGAGGAGUACCAGAAGAUGGUCUUACAGAACUACCAUGAUGUGUUUGACCGAAAGAGGAAGGAGUAUGUCAUUGGAGAGCUCAUCUGGAACUUUGCUGACUUCAUGACAGCACAAACGGUGACCCGUGUGGUGGGCAACAAGAAGGGCAUCUUCAGUCGGCAGAGACACCCCAAAGCUGGCGCCUUCCUCCUGAGGGAGAGGUACUGGAGGCUGGCCAAUGAGACGGGCCUGCUGCCCAUUGGAGCUAGGUACCCCUGAUACACCUGGAUGGGGGGGACACAGCACCUGGGUUGUAUUCAUUAGAGCAAAUACCUUCACUUUGUAACAAAACAUUUAGCUAUUGGACAAGUCCAGGUAGUCCUUCUGUUUAUCUGUUUUGUUCCGUUUGGUACCUAAUGAACACAACCCUAUAUGUGGGACAAACCCACGACUCAGGGGGUUGUCUUAUGACAACUACAAUGCUCAGAAGACCACAUCAGAUUGGUUCUGGUAACAAUCUCACUUUGUAUUUUGGCUGAGUAUUUGUCUUCCUCUGUUUUUAAUUCAGGAAUCAACCCCAUUUUAUGCAUGAAUGUAAAUCAUGAUGAUGAUCUGUGUCAGAUGAAUGGGAAUGUGUUGUAUGAAAAAUGCAUGUGUAUUGUUCUUAGAAUGCUUGCUGGCUCAAUGUUAAGACUUCACCAAUUUUACUUUUUCCAGAUUGUUGUUACAGCCUGAAUUUAAAAUUGAUUCAAUUGAGUUUUUGUUACUGGCCUUGACACAAUAACCCAUAAUGUCAAAGUGGAAUUAUGUUUUUAGACAUUGUUAAAAAUGAAAAGCUGAAAUGUCUUGAGCCAAGUAUUCAGCACCAUUUGUUAUGGCAAGCCUAAAUAAGUUCAGGAGUAAAAAUGUGCUUAUCAAGUCACAAGUUGCAUGGACUCACUCUGUGCAAUAGUGUUUAACAUGAUUUUUGAAUGACGACUGCAUCUCUGUACCCAACACAUGCAAAAACACAUGUAAGAUCCCUCAGUCAAGCAGUGAAUUUCAAAUGGAUUCAACCACAAAGACCAGGGAGGUUUUCCAAUGCCUCACAAAGGGCACCUAUUGGUAGAUGGGUAAGAAAAAGCAGACAUUGAAUAUCCCUUUUAGCAUAGUGAUGGUGCAUCAAUACACCCAGUCACUACAAAGAUACAGGCGUCCUUCCUAACUCUGUUGCCUGGGAGGAAGGAAACCGCUCAGAGAUUUCACCAUGAGGCCUAAUGGUGAUCUAAAACAGCUAUAGUUUCAUGGCUGUAAUGGGAGAACUGAGCCGGGAUCAACAUUGUAGUCACUCCACAAUACGAACCUAAUUGACACAGUGAAAAGGAAGCCUGCACAGAAAAAAAAUACAAAACAUGUAUCCUGUUUGCAACAAGACACUAAAGAGUAAUACUGCCAAAAAAAUAGCAAAAAUAUGUUUUUGCCCUGAAUAGAAAGUAGUCAGCUUGGGACAAAUCUAAUGCAACAUAUUACUGAGUACCACUCUAAAAAAUAUUGUCAAGCAUAGUGGUGGCUGCAUUCUGUUAUGGGUAUGCUUGUAAUUGUUAAGGACUGGGGAGUUUCAGGGUAAACAUUGAAUGGAGCUAAACAGAGUACCACUCCAUAUUUUCAAUUAUAGUGGUGGCUGCAUCAUGUUAUAAACUCGGCAAAAAAAUAAAUGUCUGCUCACUGUCAACUGCGUUUAUUUUCUGCAAAUUUAAUGUGUAAAUAUUUGUAUGAACAUUAAUAUUCAACAACUGAGACCAACUGAACAAAUUCCACAGACAUGUGACUAACAUAUGUAAUGUGUCCCUGAACGGGGGGGGGGUCAAAAUCAAGGGUAAGUCGGUAUCUGGUGUGGCCACCAGCUGCAUUAAGUACUGCAGUACAUCUCCUCAUGGACUGCACCAGAUUUGCCAGUUCUUUCUACGAUAUACCCCACUCUUUCACCAAGGCACCUACAAGUUCCUGGACAUUUCUGGGGGGAAUGGCCCUAGCCCUUACCCUUCGAUCCAACAGGUCCAAAAUGUGCUCAAAGGGGUUGAGAUCUGGGCUCUUUGCUGGUCAUGGCAGAACACUGGCAUUCCUGUCUUGCAGGAAAUCACGCACAGAACGAGCAGUAUGGCUGGUGGCAUUGUCAUUUUUUUUACCAUUAAAAUAACAUCAAAUUGA